CUCUCCUUCGAUUUCUUUUUGCAGAGGGAAAGAUUUUCCUUUUGGCGCCAAAUCCCAGAGCGAAAUCCAACUGCGGUCGAUCUCGGCGAUCUAGGGCUUCACACUCUCAAAUCACAGAAUCGAAUGAUUCCUCCCUCAAAGUUUCAGUUUCUGGGGUUUCCAACCGCUGAUAUUCCCUCGAAAAGUUUCGACUUUUAGGGUUCGGGCGAUGGAGGGAGAAAUCGGCUCGCCGCCCAUCAAGCCCAUCAACAAAUCAGCGAUUCACAGGAUUUGUUCGGGGCAAGUGAUCUUGGAUCUCCAGUCGGCCGUGAAGGAGCUGGUCGAGAACAGCUUGGACGCCGGCGCCAGCAGCGUCGAGGUCAGUCUGAAGGAGCACGGUGAAGAAUCUUUCAAGGUUAUCGACAAUGGAUGUGGGAUCUCGCCCAGUAACUUCCAGGCUCUUGCUCGUAAGCAUCACACUUCAAAAAUAGCAGAUUUUUCUGAUCUUCAUUCAUUGAAAACUUUUGGCUUCAGAGGAGAGGCAUUGAGCUCCCUAUGUGCAUUGGGUAACUUAACUAUCGAAACAAGGACGAAAAAUGAGCCAGUUGGUACACAUCUGAUCUACGACCACUCAGGUUCAGUGUCUGCUGAAAGAAAAGUUGCUCGCCAAGUGGGCACCACUGUGACAGUUGAGAGAUUAUUCUCCACCUUGCCAGUGCGAAGUAAAGAGUUUAGCCGCAAUAUUCGUCGGGAAUAUGGAAAGCUUAUUUCUUUGUUAAAUGCAUAUGCCAUCAUGGCUAAAGGGGUCCGAUUUCUUUGCACCAACACUUCUGGCAAAAACUCAAAAUCUGUGGUGUUGAAAACUCAAGGAAGCAGUUCACUUAAAGAUAAUGUCAUCACUGUAUUUGGUCUAAACACUUUCAAGUGCUUGGAACCUUUGAGUUUAUGCAUAUCAGAAGGCUGCAAAGUUGAGGGCUAUCUCUCUAAGACUGGAUAUGGUAGUGGUCGUAACUUGGGAGAUCGGCAGUAUUUUUACGUAAAUGGGAGGCCUGUUGAUAUGCCUAAAGUUAGCAAACUUUUGAAUGAAUUAUAUAGAAGUUCAAACUCCAAACAGUAUCCCAUUGCUAUUAUGAAUUUCAUAAUACCAACUACAUCAUAUGAUGUUAAUGUUACCCCUGAUAAGAGGAAGAUCUUCUUUUCAGAUGAAGGCACCCUUGUAGUUACCCUAAGAGCAGCUAUAGAAAAAAUCUACUCUCCGGAUCAAUGCAGCUUUUCUGUUAAUGGGAUUAAUGAGUCCAACAAAGAAGCAGAUGACUCUGAGACAGAUACUUGUACUGAAGAUGAGGAUUCUCCACGAGCAUCUAAAUCACUGUCUCCAUGGGAUCACGGGCGUCAAGCACGUAGUCAGGAGUUAAUUCUGGAUGAUGAUUUAAUGAAGAUGCCACAACUGCGCAGACAGAAUUUGUGCGAUGAAAAGGAAGUUGUUUGUGACGAUGAACUCUCCCCACCGAAGGGUUUGAGUGUUAAUUCCGUGGAUAAAGCAUGCAAAAGUCUCUCUGCCUACCAAAGUAAUCAGUCAGUAAGCCUUUUUAAGUCAAAAGCAACAAUGGAUCUGAAACGUCCUACCGUCGCUGUGUCACUAAAGAAAGAUAACCCUUUCAAUUCAAAAUUUGUCCAAUCCCCUCUUACAAAGUUUGUAACUGUAAAUAAAAGGAAGCAUGAAAACAGUUGCGACAUUUUGUCCGAAAUGCCCAUACUAAGAAAUGAAAAACCACCUUGUCAAGUGAUUAAAACCGGUUUGAAACUGCACGCAUCGAUUUCCAGAUGUGAAUCAUGUAAACUUUCAGGGGAUGAUAAUAAUCUGUCCGGUAUCUCAAGCAGAGAGAGGAUGCCUCAUUCUGAUGAAUGUGAGGCUAAAAAUAAAGAAUCUGAUCAGGAGAAUUUAGAAGGACAGGUAGCUCCUUCAACCCUUACAGAUGCUACAUUAGGAAGUUCGUAUGUGAAAGAUCAAGAAAUUACACAUCGGGAAUUGUUGAGCCAGUCUCCUAUCACCGAAUCGUCCAAUGUUAUUGCGGACACUCUUAAACCAUGUGCUAGUGAUAAAAUGUGUUUUCCUUUUCAAUUUAGCAUCAGUGAUCUUAGAAAACGGAGGCACAAUAAACUCUCAAGUUUGAUUUCAGAUGUUUCUACAUAUAGUAGGAAUAUCAGAAGGCGUUAUACUGCGGCAACACUUGCAAAUUCUCAACCAGAAAAUGAUGAAAGAAAAGAAUCUUCUUUAGCUGCUGCAACAGUUGAGUUGGACAGGUUCUUCCGAAAAGAAGAUUUUGGUAGAAUGGAGGUUGUUGGACAGUUCAAUCUUGGUUUUAUCAUUGCAAAGCUAGACCAAGAUUUGUUUAUUGUAGACCAGCAUGCUGCAGAUGAGAAACACAAUUUCGAGCAACUCUCGGAGUCAACAGUCAUUCAUCUGCAGCCCCUACUUCAGCCAAUAAGGUUGGAGCUAUCACCAGAAGAGGAAAUAGUAGCUUCUAUGAAUAUGGAGAUAAUCAGGAAAAAUGGUUUUGCAUUGAAGGAGGACAUGGAUGCCCCUCCUGGCCAACGUUUUCUGCUAAAAGCUGUACCAUUCAGUAAAAACAUAACAUUUGGGAUUGAAGAUUUGAAGGACCUUAUUUCUACCCUUGCUGAUAGUCAAGGGGAGUGCUCAAUUAUUGGUAGUUACAGGGCAGACACUUAUGAUUCAAUUUGUCCAUCAAGGGUCCGUGCUAUGCUAGCUUCCCGUGCAUGCCGAACAUCUGUUAUGAUUGGUGAUGCUCUUACACAAAAUGAAAUGCAAAACAUAUUGCAUAAUCUGGCAGGACUCAAAUCUCCUUGGAAUUGUCCCCACGGUAGGCCGACAAUGCGCCACUUGGUGGAUUUGAGCACUUUCCAGAAUGGAAGGUUAAGGAUGGAGUAAUCUUCAGUGUUCGUAAUGGUAAUUUACCUUCUUGGACGUCUUGUAACCUGCUUGAUUUUGUAGACUUGAAAUGAAAAUAUUCAUGCAGUAGCAAUGUUGCACGCCAAACCAUAGGAAGGGCAAAUUCUUGUAUAUUGGCCUGGUUAGUUUAUCCAGGCUGCAGGCAGCUAUACUCCAAUUUUGUGGUGGAAUGUUCAAAAAUUACAUUAAGUUAUGAGUAUGUUUGGUUUAAAAUACA